CCUGGCAGUGGUGAAGUGUUGGAGAACUUUGUGAAGACAAAGUUGUUAAUGCGACGGACACCUGCUUCGAAGGCACCUCAGAUCUCCCAAAGAGCUUCCGCACAAGGCAGGGCCAGGUCUGGGACCCCGCGCCGUCCCCACCCAGUCCCUCCGGGGGUUCCGGCGACCCGCUCGUGGUUUCCGGGAAGGGAGAGCGCGCUGGGCUCCGGGGCGCUGCGCUCGGCCGGCGGACGCGAGAAUCAUGGCAGCUGAUAAAGACAACAAAAAACAAGUUCUUAAGGAGCAUUGGCCAGACGAAUUUAUGAAAGAUGGACAAAAUGAGGGAUUAAUUGGUGAAAUGAUGAAGGAAAAUGCUCAGCUAAAGGAAGAGAUCCAAAAGCUUGAAGCUGAGAUACAAGAGGCCACCAGAGAAUUCCAGGUUAAAGAGGAUAUUCCUGAAACGAAGAUAAAAUUCUUAUCAGUGGAAACUCCUGAGGAUGACAGCCAGUUUUCAAAUGUCUCUUGUUCAUUUCAAGUGAGCACAAAAGUUCCUUAUGAGCUACAAAAUGGGCAAGCACUUAUCACCUUUGAAAAAGAAGAUGUUGCCCAAAACGUGAUAAGAAUGAGGAAACAUCAUGUGCAGAUAGACGAUGUAAACGUGGAAGUUAUAGCCAAGCCGGUUCCGUUAAACUCAGGAGUCAGAUUCCAGGUUCACGUAGAAGUUUCUAAAAUGAAAAUCAGCGUUACUGGCAUUCCUGACGAAUUGCCUGAAGAUCGGAUGAGAGACAGACUAGAACUGAGCUUUUGUAAGUCCCGAAAUGGAGGCGGAGAGGUGGAAUGCGUGGACUACGACAAGCGGUCCGGAAGUGCUGUCAUCACGUUUGUGGAAAUCGGAGUUGCUGACAAGAUUUUGCAAAAGAGAGAAUAUCCUCUUUAUAUAAAUGACAGCUGCCAUAGAGUUACUGUUUCUCCUUACGUAGAAAAGCACUUGAAAAAGUAUCAGGUAUUUUCAGGACAAUCUAAGAAGACAGUGCUUCUGACUGGAAUGGAAGACAUUCAGCUGGAUGAAGAAAUUGUGGAGGAUCUAGUUGGCAUUCACUUCCAACGGGAGAAGAAUGGCGGCGGCGAAGUGGAUAUGGUCAAGUGUUCUCUAGGCCGGUCUCACAUAGUCUAUUUUGAAGAAGAGACUGAUGGGACCCAAUAAAGAGUCUAGCUUUUGAGCCCAUAUCACUGUAAAUGUUUGACAAAAAUGAAUAUCCUUUCCCUUAAAAAGAAACUUUUAGUGUUCAUUUAUUCUUGGAUUCCAAAUGUAUUUCCAUGUUUUUGAAUUCUUUUUUGUCUCAAAUGGUGCUGCAUGUUUUCCACUGCAAUAAGUACACUGUAUUAAAAAACAGCUCUGUUUAUAGAUUAUGUGAACUGAUGCCAUGUCUGUUGAAAUUCACCAUAAGUGAUCCAGAUGUCCCCCUGCCCGUGUUGGCUCAUCUUGUCACAGUCCUGUGAGCCAAUUUGGUCUUGGCCCGUGCUCACCAAUAUGCAGGCUUGACUCUUAACAUUUUCCAAGAGAAAUGCAGUUACAUUGAGCAGUUUGUGAUUUCUGUAAACUUUACAGAAGAUUCGAGGGCUUUUGAGAGGGAUCAUUUUCCCACUUUGUGUAGCAUUUCAGUCCACAGCUCCAAAGGUUCUGAGCACUGAAUGUGGUCUUUUUCUUGAACUUUCCUUCACCCAAGUGCCAAAUGUCCCGUUUCCUUUUGAGCCAUCCCCUCUACAAAUAGAAGUUGUAAAGACUAGCAUUUCUUUCUUUUAUAUGUAUAAUGGAAACAAUUGGUGAAAGAGGUUGAAAACUUUGGAAUAAAGAGAGAGGUAAAGACAAAGUUAGUGUCUCAUCACUCAUCGUGCUAAUGCUGGGGAACACAUUACCUGCUUUCUAGGGGCUUGAAGUUUAGUUGGAGAGAGACCCAGUUUAUUAGCAUCCCACUGUUUUUAAACUUGCAGAAACUUUAGUGAUAAAAUUAAAAGUGCCUAUUCAGAGAAGGUAAAAUUCUUUUUGGUAAGGAAUCUUUGGAUAGCUUUUAUUCUGAGGUAUGUUUCAUGAACAGCCAAAAGCAGAAUUAAAUUCAAUAAAAUUCUGGCAGAAAUGAAGUGCU